GUUCUUGUUUCUUGUUUUGAUGACUCAAACUCAAACGCAAGACGCUCACGCAAGCAAUCCAAGUCAAACGAUGAGCAACGAGGCAUCACCAUCAUCCUCGCCAAUCGCUCGCAAUGGCGAGGACGAGCUCCGUCAAGCGCUCACGCGCCAGCUCGAGCACUACUUUCGCCUGGAACACUUGGCACAGGACGCUUACUUGGUCGCGCAAAUGAGCGCAGACCACUAUGUGGCGAUUCGCGUGCUGGCAAGCUUCCCGUCCAUCCAACAGCUCACCACAGACAUUGCGCUGAUCACGGACGUAUUACGCGCCUCCCCGCUGGUCGAGGUGGACGCUGCUGGCGAACGUGCGCGCCCUGUUGAAAUGCACACGCAGCAUCGCAACACAAUCAUUCUGCGCGACAUUGACGCAAGCACUCCUGCCGACACGAUUCGCGCUGAAGUGUUUGACACGCUGCCCACGUCGUUGCCGCGACCAGUGUCGAUUCGUGCUGACGUGCAAAACACUUGGUUUGUCACAUUCGAUGCGUCCGAAGACCAAGUCCGCGACGUGCACCUCGCGCUUGUUGGAAAAACCUUCCAAGGCAACCCGGUUCGUGCGCGCGUCAAGUCCGAGAACAUUGUGCGCACCAGCGGUCCUGCCCGCGGCGCUGCCGCCGCUGGCUUUGCGGCCGAUGGAGUGGUGACGUUGCCCGGAACCGCUUCGUCGCAGUCGUCCGGCUCCUUUGUGCCUCAGCCGCAGUUCUUCCAGCAGCCGCAACAGCAGCAACCGCAGCAAAUGUACCAACAGCAGCAGCAGCAGCAGCAACCGCAGCAGCAGCAGCAACACCAGCACCAACUGCAUCUUAUGCAACCAGGCGUAUCCUAUGGAUAUUUCGACAUGACUAGCGGUGUUGGCGGAUACAACCCGUGGGCAGUCAAUUCGGGCCAGGGCUUUUACUAUGAUCCCCAGCAGCAGCAAUCGUUCGGCUCAUUCAACCCAGCUCAGCAGCAGCAACAACACCAGCAGCAGCACCACCACCACCAACAACAUCAACCACAACAACAACAACACCAGCAGCAACACCAGCGACAGGCGUUUGCCCACCCUAAUCAACAGCAGCAACAUCAGCAGCAACAACAAUACUUCUACUCGGAUCAACCUCAGCAGCACUCAAGGAACUUCCGCCACAAUAAGCAUCAUAGUCACCACCAACAGCAGUCCCACGCGCAGCAAAUACAGCCGUCACUAUUAGGGCAGCCGGACGGCGUUAGUGCCGUGCGCCAACACCCCUCGUCGUCGGGCAAGCCUGGCACCCACAACAACAACAAUGGCACCCACAAGCUCGCGAACGGCGCAUCGACAGCGCAAGCUCACGACCCGUCGCUUCAGCAGCACCAGCACCAGCACCAGCAGCAGCAUCCACACCAGUCACAACAGCCACACCAACAGCAAGAGAAUGGCCGGCGGAGGUCGGCCUCUGCUUCGGGCAGCAGUGCCGCGUUGCCGUCUGCCGUUGGUGGCACAAACGGAAAACCGCGUCGAAAGGCGAGCGAAGACUCCGCCCGUGCUCGCGGCCAAGCUUCUGGCGGUGCUGCCAAACAGUCACCCGUUGCAUCAUCAGCGCCAAAGCCCACACUGCAACUUGGUGCUGCCAACUUCCCUCCGCUUCCUUCGUCGGCGUCUCGCAAGAACUCUGAGCUGUCUGCCUCAUCCUCCACUUCGUCCUCCGAGCCAUCGCGUCCCUCAAGCGUCGGCCCGUCCGUUGCGCUGGCUGAUGUGGUCAAGGGCGCGCCUGUUUCCGUUUCCGUUUCCGCGGCUUCUUCUUCUUCUGCUGCUUCAGCAUCAGAGACUCCGGCGUCUGUGCCUGACCAUGUCGCACCAGCAGUGAACCGCGCCUCUCCUGUUGUCGAAGCUGCACCAUCCGUCCCUGUGGCUGCUGCGGCGGCGCCUGUGGUAGAAUCUGAGCCCAUCAAGUCCAAAACUUUCAGCUAUGCCUCUGCCGCAAAAGCUCCUGCCACUGCGCCAGCGGCCACUGCCGCAUCCCAAUCACCGCCAUCGACAGGCACAUCGUCAUCCGCUGACGCACGCCGUUCGCGCACCGAUGCAUCUCUUCAAAAGUCGCAUUAAUCCAAGUGUGCCGACUCCAUCAUUAAUUUUUCGCUCCAUGUCAAUCAUCCCUUCUUUUUAUCAUGUGAAUCGACUUUGUGUUUGCUGGGUUCCGAAUCCCCAAGUUGCAGUGCUUUUUGUUCUUUGCUGUGUUUGUUCGUUCGUUCGCUCGUCCGUCCGUCCGUAUUCGUUUGUUUCGAUUUCCACUGAAAUGUACACUGUUUUUGUUAUUCCCUGC